AUGUGCGAACUUCUCUACAGAGUUCAAAACACAAAAAAAAGUCCACAAAAAUUAAACAUUAAACAUAACUUAGAAACAAUUUUGAAAAAAAAGAAGAAAGAAAAGAAAGGAAGAAAUCCGUAUUAUGCUGAAGUUACUUCUAUAACAGCAGAACGGGGUCGCGUUUUGACCAUGAAAUAUGGAAAACAUCAAAUGAAACUUAUAAAGAAACGAAUGAAUAUCGAAAACUGGAUCGAUGCUAAACUCAAUCAACUCUACGAUGGUAAAGCUGUGAAAGAAAUAGACUAUGGCUAA